GUAGCCAACAUAAAUGGCGCCGUCCAUGUAGCUCCAGUGUCACAUCUGUUAGCAUCAUGUCGGGGUCAAAUGUUUGGCAUCGCAGCCGGGAGAAAUUAAAACGUUUUUCCGAAUUGUUUGCACAGUGUACAGAAGAGGCAACCGCUUAUGGCAAAUGUGUGGCAGCUACCACAACAAGCAGGCAGGAACUGAAGAAGGAUCAUUGUGCUAAGGAAUUUGCAGCCCUGAAGACGUGCUUUGCAAAUGCUGCCAAGAAAAACUCCAAAUGAAUGGAAAGUCCCAAUUUGGGUUUGAGGACGCAAUUUAAGUCAGCUGUGAGAUGAUAGUCAUGAUCAAUUCUGAGAAAUCACUACUUUUGACUGGGAAUGUACUGAAUGGGUGUCAUAAUACACUUGAAAAGGACUGCGUAUGUGCUGGUUAUGAAAAACUCAAAAAACAUUUCUAUGACAAUGUUAAUAAACUGAU